AUGCACGAUGAAGACUUCAGCUGCUCGAUUUGUCUCGACAUUCUCAUCGAGCCGCAAAUCAUUCAAUGCGGUCACACAUUUUGCCGGAUUUGCAUCGAAGAAUGCCGAAACAUUUCCGACAAUUGCCCCUACUGCCAUACGUUUUUCAACGCGUUGAUACCCGAUCGCCGGCUCGAAUCAAUUACAAUGUGCUGGAUGCAGAAACAAGGACGCGGCGAUGAAUAUGCGGCGAAACGCGAACGCAAUCGAGAGCUUAUUUCUCUUCGAAAAGCGUCUCUUGUCUACCUUUGGACCACUCUUCACAGACAACCAAACCGAACGAUGCCGUUGGAUGAGAUUCUUAACAAGAAUCCCAAGCUGAAAGACGAAGUUUAUCGGCAAAUUCGAAUUCAAAACGGAAUUGGCCUCAAAGUUUAUACGGAUAAGGAUACUAAUGUGAGAGAAAAUAAUGAGCAAUUUGAGCAAAAUGGCACACCGUGCAACGCAUUCGCCGCGAUCAUGAUCGCCUACAUCGUCCUCGGCGCUAUUUUCUUCUCAUGCCUGAUCCGCCUGCUGGUCCAAUUCCUCAUCCGACGGUGCAUUCGAAGAGAGCAGCAAUUUCGGCGCACACAAUCGGAAACCGACAUAUUCUAUCCGCCAACGAUAGAAGAAACUGUGAGUCAGGCGAAUCAGAAUUUCGGCUUCACCGAUCCACCGCCGCGAUAUGAGCAACUAUUCAAGAGGGGUGAAUCCACUUCGGCGAAUCCACCGAGCUACGAGCAAUCGGCGCGAAGUAUGUCGAUGCUCUCCGUCGAGAAUCUCGAUCAUCCAACACCAACAUUGUCAGAAUCUAUGGACAUGGAAAAUGUCGCCGCCAACAUAUUGACCCACGCUCAGCAAUGCGCGCAUAGGUACACGGCUCAAGGAGCACAAAAUCUAAUUGCUACAAUAACAACGCCUUCAUCUUCUUCUUCUGAAGGCCAUCUUCAACCUCCACAAGAAAACGCGCCUCCAGAAUAUCAGACUCGCUAA